CAACGGAAGACACAUUCGUGCCUAUGCCGUCAGAAGUCUGCGCAGAGAUACGCAGCCUAUGUUAAAGCCAACGUCAGGAAACUACAUAGACGUGUCUGUCUGGGCGCGUGUUAAUCUAGAAUUAAACACUAAAAUCGCGUAUACAUCUAACAGUAUUUAUGAAUGUUCUACAUGAAUGACUCUUUGGCUGUUACUUAAAUCUUUUGAAAGCAUGUAAAUGUGCUUUCAUUUUGUCGUCGUGGCUAAGAUGAAGUGUGUCUCGUGUCUUGGAUCAACACAAUGGAUGUUCGUCAGUCUGGAUUAAUUUAUUUAAAGCCUGUUCACGUGAGGCCCAACUGUGUAUUGUAAUAUGGAGUAAGCUUUCAUUAGUUUAUUACCCCUGGAGUUUGCCCUGCUGGACAUAUUGGGUCCAUCAUGACCAGCAAGGAGCGCUCCAGGAAGUCCAUUUUUUGGCACCCUUUUACCAGCUUCAGGCCGCGGCAGGAGAGGGUGAUACUGGCUCGAAGUGAGAGUUUGCCGGGUGAACCCGUCCUAAAGAUUACCAUCACAGAGACCACGAUACUUGAAGCUGACUCGGGUGUGUGGAGCUCUAAAGCUCUGGUGUAUCUGGCGCUGUGGUACUUCUUCAGUUUCUGCACACUUUUCCUCAACAAGUACAUCCUCUCCCUGCUGGAGGGAGAGCCGAGCAUGCUGGGUGCUGUCCAGAUGCUCUCCACCACUGUCAUAGGCUGUGGUAAAAUGUUUGUGCCUUGUCCACUAUACCACCACAAGUCUCGUUCUGAAUACCCCUCCAACUUUCUCAUGACAAUGCUCUUUGUAGGACUGAUGAGGUUCACAAGCGUGGUGUUGGGCUUGGUUAGCCUGAAAAAUAUAGCUGUAUCAUUCGCCGAGACAGUGAAGAGCUCAGCGCCCAUCUUCACUGUUAUCAUGUCCCGACUCAUACUAGGAGAAUACACAGGAUUCUGGGUGAAUAUGUCUCUGUUUCCUGUGAUGGCAGGUCUGGCUCUAUGUACGGCCACUGAGAUCAGUUUUAACAUGCUCGGCUUCUCUGCCGCUCUCUCCACCAACGUCAUGGACUGUCUGCAGAAUGUGUUUUCUAAGAAACUCUUGAGUGGAGACAAGUAUAAGUUUAGUCCUCCAGAGCUUCAGUUUUACACAAGUGCAGCUGCAGUCAUCAUGCUUAUACCUGCUUGGGUUUUCCUGAUGGAUUUACCAUUGAUCGGGAAGGGUGAGCGAAACUUCAGACUGUCUCAGGAUAUUGUGUUGCUGCUGCUGUUUGAUGGCGUUCUGUUUCACUUACAGAGUGUCACAGCAUAUGCCCUUAUGGGCCGAAUCUCACCUGUCACCUUCAGUGUUGCCAGCACAGUGAAACACGCUCUGUCCAUCUGGCUGAGCAUCAUUGUGUUCAGUAACCCCAUAACUGUGGUGUCUGCGGUGGGCACUGUCAUGGUGUUUGUUGGAGUUCUGCUUUAUAACAAGGCAAAACAGACACAAAGAGACACUCUCAUGCAGAACGCUCUCAUCCAAUCAGAAUCGGAACAAAAACCCCUGAUCCAAGACAAUGUGGCCACAUCUACCAAAUAAAUGCAUGUUAUCAUUUACCUGUAUACCCAGUAAGAUAUAGAAAUGGGUGUAUUUCACUCUAAGCAUUUAUGUCGGUCCAUUUCCAGAUUUUGACCCGUCAACGCACACACAUGUUAAAUAUUGUUUAAGACCUGUGUGGGUUUUUUGUGUGUGUAAUUACAUUUGCUUAAGAAUAAUUUCAAAGGUGGUCAAAAUUGAAAAAGAUAAAAGCUUAAAAAGAAUAUUCUUAAAGAAUAAAACAAGCUCAUUCAUUUUAUUUGGGUAUCAGGUUAUGCAAGAUUUUUGCCUUGAUGUCUAUUGUCUAUAUGAUUGAUGGUUUUUGGGAACUGCUAGGUCUUUUUACAGUUUGUCAGGGAGAAAAGUAUGGUGAUGACCAGCAAAGCGUGUCAAUAUAUGUUUUUCAGUUUGUUUAUUCCCAUAUGUCUCUUGCAUUAUGGAUUAUGAGGCAUUUUUACAUUUGAGGCUGAAUAGGAGAAUUUCACAAGAAAAUAUCAAGCUACAUUUUAACCCCAAAAGAUUUAUUUAUUUUUUAGGGGAUUAAAUGUACAUUUCUUAGUAUAAAUAUUCUGAAGUAUCUUUGAAUGAAAUGACAGCACCAUUUUUAUUAAUGUUAAUACAUUACAUGUUUUGUUUGUUUUGAGAAAGCAAGACGUUAUGUUGUUGGCUUUGUACAUACAGUACGAUCCUGAGUAACAAAACUGUAUUUUAAUUGCAAUUAUUGUAGCAAAUCACAGUCUCUGUCAAUCCUUUGUUUUUGUUUUUCUCAUCUAGUCACGAUUUAUUACUAACCACAGGUAUUGCUCUAGAAACUGACAAACAUUCUCAUGUAUUAUGUGACUUAUUUUGGACUAGAUAAUUAUAACCAAUUUUGUUACCUACUUUUCUAAACUGUUAAUUAUGUUCAUAAAACUUAAUGAGUUAAACACCAAAAAUGCUUGCAAUCAUUCCUGAAUUUCUUUACUUAUUAGCAAAAUGUCUGUCAACGGUUGUUUGAGUUAACCACACAGGUUUUUGUAAUUUGUUUAAAUUCUCUCUCUUUGACGUCUCUGUGACUCGUUAAAUACGAAAACUCAUUCAGUAGACAAGUCAAAUACGAUAAAUGAAUACUUGAAACUGGUCAAUGAAUGUGGUUGUAAAUGUAUGUCUAUAUGUUGGUUCUGCUGUGGUGGGUUGCACAAAAUUGACAUGUAAUAUAACAUGUAUUUUAUAUGGUAUGUAAAAAAACCACUAAUGGAAAUUGUCUGUAUAUUUGGUUUGUUUUUGAGCAUUGAUUACAUGAUUUCAUUUGAAUGAAUUACGCAUUUUAAUAUUAAAUGUAAAAACUUCAACAUUUGUA